CGCCCCCUCUCCCCCUUUCCUUUUCUAUGGGUACUAGGGGCGUUACAGAGUCAGAAGCACUGUCUACUCGAUUCUGUUCCAAGUUCUAAUAAUCCCAGUUAGAUUUCGAUGACGGACCAUAGCAUCGACCAAACAGAAAACCCAGACACCUCGUUGCAGAACACUCCAACCGAACAUCAUCAAGAACAACAAAAAGAAGACGAGAAGUUACAUCGGCUUCUGGUGCCUGAUGUACGCGAUCUUCCUCUCACUCCUUCCUCGGCCGUUGAAUCCAACUUUGUCUCCUAUUUCGCCCCAGAUUUAACGAAACCAGGACACGAUCAGUACGUUUACCGACACGCGAAUGGACUCUGUGUGAUUGGCUUGGCUCCGGCUCACGUAGCAUUUAAGGAUAAAGGUGGCAUCACGGCCGUCGAUUUCAACGUUGGGAAGUCUGAUCGCAGUGUCAUUAAGGUCACCGGGAAGCGCAAGAAGAAUGCGCAACACUUCGAGUCCAACACAGCUUUGUGUAAAGUUUGCACCAAUGAUGCUUCUUACAUUGUGAGAUGUUGUGUGAAAGGUUCUUUAUUGGAAGUCAAUGACAAGUUAAUCGAGCAGCCAGGAUUGCUUAAUUCAUCGGCUGAUCGAGAAGGAUACAUAGCCAUUAUCAUGCCAAGACCAGCAGAUUGGCUCAAAAUCAAAGGAUCUUUUCUGGGCCUUGAAGAGUACAGGAAACUGAGAGAAUGUUAGAUCAUUGGAAUGUGAUGUUACAAUUAAUAAUGAGCCUUGAGGGAUAAAAGGAGUCAAGAGAGAAGUGUUGCUCUCCAUGGAAGUGCUUGAUUUCGCGUUCCCCCCCCCCCCCCCCCCCCCCC